CCUUCGUGCUUGGUAGCUGGAAGUUGAAGUAUGGCGGCGCCGGCUGGGAGGUCGGUGGUGUUUGUGACGGGUAAUGCCAAGAAACUGGAGGAGGUCAUUCAGAUACUGGGAGACAAGUUCCCCUACAGGCUCAUGUCCAAGAAGAUUGACUUGCCGGAGUACCAAGGCGAACCUGAUGAGAUCUCCAUACAAAAGUGCCAGGAGGCUGCCAGACAGAUUGAUGGGCCAGUGAUAGUGGAGGACACCUGUCUAUGUUUUCGAGCACUAGGAGGGUUGCCGGGACCUUAUAUAAAGUGGUUUCUGGACAAGCUGAAGCCUGAAGGUCUGCACAAGCUGCUGGCUGGGUUUGAGGACAAGUCAGCCUGGGCUCUGUGCACCUUUGCCUACAGCGCUGGAAAAGAGGAGCCAGUGUUGCUCUUCAGGGGGAAAACAGAGGGGCGCAUUGUCGAGCCCAGGGGACCCAGGGACUUUGGGUGGGACCCAUGUUUCCAGCCAGAUGGGUAUGAUAAGACCUAUGCGGAGUUGCCAAAGGAAGUGAAGAACUCCAUCUCUCACCGAUACCGUGCUCUGGCUGCCAUGUCUGAACACUUCUCUCAACUUGGGAGCACAGAGAACAGCUAGGACAUGGCUAUGCAGGCCCCCACAUCACCAGGACAUGGGGCGACGAGAUGCACCGAGUCUUAAGAGCUUCUGGCUAUAGCCAAUCACAAGCUCUUGCCACCACCAUCCAAGACGAUGCCUGUCUUAUCAACAAUGUAUUGUGUGAAUCUGAAGAUAAGGUGUCACAGCAUGGACGUGUCACGUUCAGCACCCUGAUGCUAACAUUUUCUGAAAAAAGUAUGUUUGCCUUUUCUCAGUCAAAAUGAGUUAUUUUCUCUUAAAGUGCUAUGCAUAUCACUGACAUGGCGACAGAGCACCUUAUCAGAGUCAUGGUGGUAAUUAUGUAGGCAGUUGAGAGAAAAUGUCUUUUAUUGGAGUUCAUGAAUAGCCAUAAAAGCUGGCACAUUACCAGCUACCCUGUCCUGGUUCCCUCACUUGGAACAUGGGGAAAUGGCCACCUGUCUGUAGGCUAAGUGAUUUCUAGUACUGUUUAGCAGCUGGGCCAACACACAGUCCACUUCCCCUCUCCCUCAGUGUCUGGACCUGUAAUAAACAGCCUGAUUUUA